AUGUCUGAAACCAACGAUAAUAAGCCCAACGAAGUCGACCGCCUGAACAAGUUUGUCGAGGCUGCACCACAAUACAGCUACAAUAUCGACCAAUACCGAGGCCAAAUCUGUCGCCAGUUGCCUGGAGGUCAAGAAGAGUGUUUGAAGCUUAGCCUCGAAUACACUGAGAUGUUUUCGCAAAUGCAAAAGUUGGGCUUCUUUUGUGCUUUGCCUAUGGAUCCAAAGAAGACUCAUAUGGAGUGCACUCGUGUAUAA